AUGGCAUCCGCGGCCUCCAGGGUGCUCCGCGAGCAUAUCUGGACUCAUCCACUAACAGUUCUGGCAUUUGAGAAUCGGACAGAUAUUAAAUAUGCUAAGUUACUGGUUCACUUCCCUGUUCUAGAAGAAAUCACAGUCUGUGCUUAUAUUCAGUGGGAUGACAAUAAUUCUGGUUUUGCAACGGUCUUCUCCUACGCUGUUCCAAAAUUCUUCAAUGAGUUUCAGCUUCGUGGAGUCAGAGAUGAGAAAGGUUUUGUCCGUUUUGCCAUCAUAGUUCAUGGACGUCAUACACCAUACUCACCUGUGUUCCCCAGUGAUGGUCAGUGGCAUCACUUCUGUGUCACCUGGCAAAAAUUGAAUGGGACUUGGGCCUUCUAUGUAGAUGGAAAGAAAAAGGCUUCUUCCUCUAAACUUUCAGCUUCCCAGGACAUCAACGAGGGAGGAGCAUUUAUUGUGGGUCAAGAUCAGGACUCGUUUGGGGGAACAUUCAAAGAAAAUGAGUCAUUUAGUGGGAAUUUAACCAAUCUAAAUGUCUGGAAGAGAGUGCUCAGCAGAAAUGAGAUACAACAGAUUAGGUCCUGUGGCACUAUGGAGAAGGAUAUUAUUUUUGGGUGGAAAAUCCACCACCUGGAAACUGAGCCCACUCUGCAUAAAGUGACUCAUCAGUUUGUAUGUCCAGGUUUUUCUGAGGAAUGCCAGAUUUUGCAAACGAAUAAGGGUGAAGUUGGUUACACAUCCUGCGUAAACGAGCUAUCCUUUGUUUGUUACUAUACACAAGAUAUCUAUGAAAGAUUGAGAAAUAUUAGUAGAUCUAAUCGAGCAAGGACAUUUUCAAGCAGAGUAAAUACAAUUGCAAAUAAAAGUCUGAUUUCGGAAAAUCCCAUGCUGAGGGACUCUCAUCUGCUGGAUGGAUCAUCAGCCAUAACUUCUCUUCAGGUCAUUGAGCAAGUGAUAGAGGCUGAUGGUGUUUUGGAGGAACCAGCAGACAUUCUAGGAGUCAUCCAGAUUUUGAGGCAGAUAUCAGAGCUUGAAGACCUGAACCAAGGUGAGAAGCUGGAGGAGUUAAGUCACCACUUUGUGCAGGUGACAGGAAGUCUUCUUGAGCAACAAGAUCCUACAGUAUGGGCAGAGAUUAAUCCGAUAAUUCUAGGACCAAUGACCAUUGUUCAUACAGUGGAGAAAAUGGCUUCAAAUCUGGUUAAUCUUUUAUCAGAUGAUAGGAACGAAAUUUCCAUUCAUCACAGGAACAUUGAUGUUGGUGUCAGGCAAAUUAAUCUGGAUGCAGACAACUAUAUGUACACAGUACAGAGUACAGAAAGAGUGGAUCAAAUUGAGAUUCCCACAAAUGGACUCAAAAUAAUUGCAAGGGAAGGACACACAGACGCUACUGUGAUCAACACUUGGUUUGACUUUGUCUCUCUACAUCAUGUACUUGACGGUUAUAAUAGUAAUGUCGUGAUUGCAGAUUCGGAAGUUAAUGAUGGAGGCUACAGGUAUCUGAGCAGCCAUCUUGGAUCUGCAAUUAUAUCAUCCACAGUCAUGGUAGGGUCUCAGGAAAUAAGCACAUCAGUACAAUAUCGCCUGUGGCACAAGAAAAACAUACUUGGCAUGUUGGAUACACUGCGCCACAGACCAGUCUGUGCUUUCUGGAAUUUUACUGUCAGCCCUGAGACUGGAGGCGGCUGGUCUAGCUAUGGGUGCAGCAUGAAAAGCACCAGCUAUGAGUCAACCACCUGCUUUUGCAACCAUACUACCAACUUUGCUGUCCUGCUGCAAGUGUACGACAUCCAGAGAAGUUCAGAAGAGGAGUGGACUUUGCGAACACUGACGUUUAUUGGCUGUGGGGUGUCUCUCUGCGCUCUGCUGGUGACAUUUGUCCUGUUCUUAGCAGUUGGUGUACCAAAGUCUGAGCGAACAACAGUUCACAAGAAUCUGAUCUUUGCCUUGGCCGCUGCUGAGGCCUUACUGAUGUUUAGUGAGUUGGCUAAAACCAAUCAGAUUGUGUGCGUUACCGUCACAGCCUCUCUGCAUUUAUUUUUCUUGGCGGCCUUUGCCUGGAUGUUGGUUGAAGGGCUUCUAUUGUGGAGUAAAGUAGUCGCAGUCAAUAUGAGUGAAGAUCGCAGAAUGCGGUUUUAUUACAUCACAGGAUGGGGUUUGCCUAUUGUUAUAGUUAGCGUGACCUUGGCUACAUCGUUUAAUAAAUACGUUGCAGAUAGUCACUGCUGGCUAAAUAUUCAGACUGACAUAAUCUGGGCAUUUGUGGGACCGGUUCUUUUUAUACUGACAGUGAAUACCUUUGUUCUGUUUCGGGUGAUCAUGGUGACCGUGUCCAGCGCAAGACGACGCUCAAAAAUGUUGACUCCAAAUUGCAGCAUGGAGAAGCAGAUCAGGCUCCAAGUCUGGGCCACAGCAAAACCAGUCUUGGUACUUCUUCCUGUCUUGGGGUUGACGUGGCUCUGUGGGGUUUUGGUCCACCUUAACAUCAUCUGGGCAUAUGCCUUCAUUAUUCUAAACUCUUUCCAGGGGCUGUACAUAUUCCUGGUCUAUGCCAUUUACAACAGUGAGGUGAGAACUGCUAUACAAAGAAUGAAAGAAAAGAAAAAAGCUCUAUCCUUUACUAAUUGCUCACAUCCAACCAACUACGUGUCAAGCCCAAGGAAUACUAUUUCUGAAACAGGAAAACCAAGCCUCACCCCACCUUUGAGUAGUUUAUCAACAACUGUACAGCAUGGACCACUUCCUGUCAAGACCUCUAUUAUUAAAGGGAACAUUGGUGCCAAACAUCCAGUUAAUAUUUCAUCUAUCCUGUUAACCGAAAAAAAUGACAUUGAACUCACUGCCUUCAAAACGUCAGGGCAAAUAGAAGGGACUACAACCUCCUAGUUGACAGUAUCUGAAGAAACCACUUCAGGAAGAAAAACAGCCCUUAAUACCACCUUAUCUUGCUAAAAGGAUAAGGAGGCUUGCAAGGAAGAGCAGAAAAUUCAGGAACUAUUUUGGUGGAAGAUAUUACUAAAAGAUCACAUGAUGAAGGGGAACUCCCCAAAAUGUUGUGGUUUGUUUGAUGUAACAAUAAAUGGAUUUUUACUUUA